UGGAUGGUAGGGUUCGUCACCAAGAAUCGGAAUGUUGGGGGGUCCCCCUGCCGCUGCGCCUAUUUACAGAGCUCUCCUGAUUUCCGGAAACAAGCAUUCCCUCAAAACUUCCACUAUCAACAGACGCGGUUCCUCUUGCAAACAUGGGGACAUUGCUCACCAACGUGGCUUCCUCUCUUGCUGUGGCUGCGACCUUGCUGGCCGCGGUGGACCUGUGCUGCCGCUAUGCAGGCGGCUUGACAGAGACGAGCGCAAGAAGGGGCGAUGCGCCGAAUGCUGCACAUCGACGCAGGCAGACAGCGGUCAGGCAUACAGGGCCCAACGACUUGGCCAACAGGUGGCAGACCUACAAGGGUAUGAUGUCCUCAAAGUUUGGGGUUUCAAAAGAGUGCAUGAUAUGCACAGAAAAGAAGCGGCCCACGAAGUUCCGCCUUCCAACCACUCAGUGCUCCCACCAACCCGACGUCUGCAUACACUGCUUGCGGAAUUAUCUACGAGUGGAGGUCGUUGAGAAGGGACGCGUUGGGGAGCUUCUAGUGUGCCCUUCGCCAGACUGUCUGGCAAAUGUUGAAGACCGAGAUCUGCGAGCACUCUAUCAAGCAGGCGACCCGCUGAUUGCCUGCCACGAGAAACGCCUCUUCGAGCGCGCGCUGGAAACGGACCCCAAUUUCCGGUGGUGUCCUCACAACGGCUGCGGCAAUGGCCAGCUCAUCGACGACGCUGACGAAAGCACGUUCUGGUCGUGCGUCACCUGCAACAGCCGGGUUUGCACACGUCACCGCGUCGUCUUUCACGAGGGGAUGACGUGUGCCGAAUACGAUGCGAUCGCUCCAGAUUCGGACGUACAAGAAAACGGGUCUCGGAGGAAACGGAGUUGGCGCGCGUUUUUCGGCCUCGCCCCGACCGCCGCUUGGGAACUACGGAACGCAGAGACGGAAGAGCGGAAAGCGGCGGAGAAGCUCAGGAGGCGCGACGCGGCCGCGCGCGCGCGCGAGGAGGCCGCGAGCCGCGCCGCGCUCGCGCGGCUUGGCGUCAAGCGCUGUCCGAAGUGCGCGCAGGGUUUGCAGAAAAACGACGGUUGCGAUCACUUUACGUGUGGGACCGCGAUGGGGUGCAAGGCGCAGUUCUGCUGGCUGUGUAUGGCGGACUGGGGGCCGAUCGUGCGGAACGGAAACAAGUACCACAAACGGAACUGCCGGUGGUAUGCGUGAGAGUCCUGCAACAGAGGACGACUCAUGCCAGUUUCGACCUCUAGAAUCCUGUCCGCUCGUGAAAAAGUCAGCGCUUUCAACCACCUUAAAAACUUGGAAGCUUCAAAUGCCCAAGCCAACCAAGCUGGCAGUGUAAAGUAUUCCCAAUUUUCUGGGGUUCAUUUAGUCUGCGCUGGCCAUCCCGGCAAGAGCGUAUUAUAAGCGACUUGUUGUAAGCAGAACAGUCAUGGUCUAUACUAGGCAACAUGUACAUACGUACUUGCAAACGACUCCAACACCGGAUAGCGUUUGUCGGACCUCUGGUGGCGCCACAGCGUCACUCCUUUAGUGAUUUUGUAAUACCUUAUAAACAGUGAAUUGUCUUCCCGGCCCAAUUGCUUGCGGAUCUUUGACAGGGAGCCCCAUUAACACUGACUCAGAAUCAGAAUGAGCUAGAGUAGGUGCUGUGGGGAACCGACUACCGGACGUUCUUACAGAUGAAUACUUGUUCGGGCCGACAUGCAGGUUCUACCCGCGACAGCUCAUGC